AUGAAAAGAAGUGAAGAAUUGAGAACCAAAAAUCAUAAUCAAGAGGAAAUAAGUAUUCUUCGUUGUUGGAAAUGUAGAAAACAUAUAGCAAGUUCCAGUUGUCUCAUGAAAUUUCUUGAGAAUCAAGUGGUUAAGGAUAAACAUGAUUCAGUUGAUACUCAAAAUAUUUGUCAUGUGUGGCACAUGAAUAUAGAAGCCCUUCCAGAAUGGAUAAAUUGCCUAAUACAAAAAGCCCAGUGGACAGUUGGAAAACUGAAUUGCCCUUUCUGUGGGGCCCGUUUAGGGGGCUUUAAUUUUGUCAGCACUCCAAAAUGUUCCUGUGGCCAGCUUGCAGCUGUACAUCUCUCCAAGAGCCGGACCGAUUAUCAGCCAUCACAGGCAAGCAGACUAAUGAGACCAUCGCUGAAAUACUUGUCACAUCCUAGAGUUCAGUCAGGUUGUGACAAGGAGACUCUACUGACAGGUGGUGGCUCCAAAAACAGAAAUCACGGACUUCUAAACAUGGCCCAAAAUAAUAAUGACCCUGGAAGAUUAACAGAAGCACUCUGCCUGGAGGUGCGAUCAACAUAUUUUGAGAUGAAGAAUGAAAAACUGCUCUUCAAAGCAUCUGAACCAAAAUGCCAGCUUUUUGUUCCCCAGCUUGUGACUGGCAGAUGUGCUACGAGGGCUUUUCACAGAAAAUCACAUAGUCUGGAUCUGAGCAUCAGUGAGAAACUGACUUUAUUACCCACUUUAUAUGAAAUACAUAGUAAGACUGCUGCCUAUUCCAGGAUAAAUGAAACACAGCCUAUUGACCUUUCAGACUUGCCUUUACAAUCUAGUAAAAAUAGCUGUUCCUUUCAGAAUCCAUCCAGUUUUGAUCCUAAUAUGCUGCUGCAAAGAUUUUCAGUUGCCCCCCGUGAGACCCAGACACAGAGACUAGGAGAAUUUCGGUGUGGUCUAGAAGCUUCUUCAGUGUACUCUGAUCGUGCUAAUACUAACAACCUGACUUUCCUGAUGGACCUGCCCUCAGCUGGCAGGAGCCUGCUGGAGGCCUCCGACCAUGAAGAACACCUCUCCCCUCUGGACUUCCUGCACUCAUCCAGUUUUUCGUUGGGCUCCAUUAAUCAGAGGCUCAACAAGAGAGAAAGGAGCAAGUUGAAGAAUCUAAGAAGGAAACAACGAAGGCGUGAGCGAUGGCUACAGAAGCAGGGAAAAUAUCCAGGAAUAGGAUUGCUGAAUCAUGUGGUAAGUAUAUGUUUAAUUAUAUUAGAAACUGUCAAAUUGUUUUCCAGAAUGACUGUUCCACUUUGCAUUCCACACAGCGAAGAAUUCCAUUUGCUGUGGAUCUUUGAAAGCAAGCACCUCAUGGUCUCCAUGUUUCUUUAAUUUCAACCAUUCAAAUAGAUACGCAAUGGUGUCACAUUAUGGUUUUAAUUUGCACUUCCCUAAUGAUGUUGAGCAUUUUUUAUGUGGUUAUUUUCCAUUUGUAUACAUAAUUUGGGAAAGUGUCGAUUCCCAUAUUUUG